AUGGCACUAAACCUUAACUGUAACCAUAAGGAUGCUGCAGAGAAUUAUGGUGAUUCGGACUGUCCAUAUUUGACAGCUUCAUUUGUCUUUGCUGGUCUAUCUAUGAUGCUUAAUAUUCGACUUGCUUAUAGUUCUGCUCCAUAUGCACUCAUUAGAUACAAGUUACCUGAGAAUCUUUUUAGUGUGUUUGUUAGAAGAAUGGCUAGUGCCUUGGAACUCUGGUGUCUGCCAAGUAUGCUUCUGGGUAACAUACUUGAUACAGGUUCAAAACUAUUAUUCACCAACGAAGUCAUCACCGACGACAGCGACGGCAAGAAACUUAAGCAAUGGACUAUCAUUAUUCCUUCCAUAUUUACUAUGUGGUCAGACUUUAUCACUUAUGUAACAUAA